AUGAGUUUUGCUGUGUGGGAAUAUGAGUUGACAGCAGCAUUUUUGCUUUUUUUCUUUGCAGAAUUUGGUGUUCAUUUAGCUGAAUUGACUGUAGAUCCCCAGGGAGCUCUGGCCAUCCGUCAGCUAGCGUCCGUCAUUUUGAAACAAUAUGUGGAAACUCACUGGUGUUCUCAGUCGGAAAAAUUUAGACCUCCAGAGACCACAGAAAGGGCAAAAGUUGCUAUUAGGGAGCUUCUACCCAACGGGCUGAGAGAAUCCAUUAGCAAAGUGCGCUCCAGUGUUGCCUACGCAGUGUCAGCAAUAGCCCAUUGGGACUGGCCUGAAGCCUGGCCUGAACUUUUCAAUCUCUUGAUGGAGAUGCUGGUCAGUGGGGAUGUGAACGCAGUGCACGGAGCCAUGCGAGUGCUCACAGAGUUUACUCGGGAAGUGACAGACACACAGAUGCCACUUGUUGCGCCUGUUAUUCUUCCAGAGAUGUACAAAAUUUUUACAAUGGCAGAGGUGUAUGGUAUACGCACAAGGUCGCGUGCAGUGGAGAUUUUUACCACCUGUGCCCAUAUGAUCUGUAACAUGGAGGAACUGGAAAAGGCUGUGACAGCAUUAGUAAAAAACUACCCGAAGCACAUGGUUUCCUCAAUGCAGCAGAUCCUGCCCAUCGUUUGGAACACCCUUACGGAAAGCGCAGCCUUUUAUGUGAGAACAGAAGUAAAUUACACAGAAGAGGUGGAGGACCCUGUGGAUUCGGAUGGUGAAGUAUUGGGCUUUGAAAAUCUGGUGUUCAGCAUAUUUGAAUUUGUUCAUGCCUUGCUGGAAAACAACAAAUUUAAGAGCACGGUGAAGAAGGCCUUGCCAGAGCUGAUCUAUUACAUCCUGCUUUACAUGCAGAUCACAGAGGAGCAGAUCAAAGUUUGGACUGCAAAUCCACAACAGUUUGUGGAGGAUGAGGAUGAUGAUACCUUUUCUUAUACCGUGAGGAUUGCUGCACAGGAUCUGUUGCUGGCUGUGGCUGCUGAUUUCCAAAAUGAGAGCGCAACCGCUUUGGCUGCAGCAGCUACGAGACACUUGCAAGAAGCUGAGCAGGCUAAAAACAGUGGUGCUGAGCACUGGUGGAAGAUUCACGAAGCUUGUAUGCUGGCCCUGGGCUCUGUGAAAUCUAUUAUUACAGACAGUGUGAAGAAUGGUAGUAUACACUUCGAUAUGCACGGCUUCCUGACCAACGUCGUCCUUGCAGACCUAAACCUUUCAGUGUCCCCUUUUCUCCUGGGUCGUGCUCUUUGGGCUGCCAGUCGCUUUACUGUAGCUAUGUCUCCAGAACUAAUCCAGCAGUUCCUGCAAGCUACCGUCAGUGGUCUGCACGAGACCCAGCCUCCUUCUGUGCGAAUCUCUGCAGUCAGAGCCAUCUGGGGCUACUGUGACCAGUUGAAGAUCUCUGAGAGCACCCAUGUGUUGCAGCCUUUCCUUCCUAGCAUUCUUGAUGGGCUCAUCCACUUGGCAACUCAGUUCAGUUCAGAGGUGCUAAACCUGGUGAUGGAGACGCUCUGUAUUGUCUGUACAGUAGACCCAGCGUUUACUGCAAGCGUGGAGAACAAAAUCUGCCCCUUCACAAUUGCAAUCUUUCUGAAAUACAGUAAUGAUCCAGUUGUUGCUUCUCUUGCCCAAGAUAUCUUUAAGGAGCUAGCUCAGAUAGAAGCCUGCCAGGGUCCAAUGCAGAUGAGGCUAAUACCAACUCUCGUCAGCAUCAUGCAGGCCCCUGCUGACAAGAUUCCUGCAGGGCUUUGUGCAACCUCUAUUGAUAUAUUGACCACAGUUGUGAGAAAUACAAAACCUCCUCUGUCCCAGCUCCUGAUCUGCCAAGCAUUCCCUGCAGUGGCUCAGUGCAGCUUGAACACAGAUGACAAUGCUACUAUGCAGAACGGCGGUGAGUGUCUGCGUGCGUACGUCUCGGUGGCGCUGGAGCAAAUCGCGCAGUGGCACGAUGAGCAAGGCCACAACGGCUUGUGGUAUGUGAUGCAGGUGGUGAGCCAGCUGCUAGAUCCAAGGACCUCGGAAUUCACUGCUGCCUUUGUGGGCAGACUAGUCUCCACAUUGAUUUCCAAAGCUGGAAGUGAGCUGGGAGAGAAUCUGGACCAGAUCCUGAGAGCAAUCUUGAGCAAAAUGCAACAAGCAGAGACGCUCAGCGUAAUGCAGUCCUUGAUUAUGGUGUUUGCUCACUUGGUUCAUUCACAACUGGAACCACUCUUGGAGUUCCUGUGUAGCCUCCCCGGACCAACCGGCAAACCUGCCCUGGAGUUUGUCAUGGCCGAAUGGAUGAGCCGGCAGCACUUGUUCUACGGGCAGUACGAAGGCAAAGUCAGCUCUGUGGCGCUGUGCAAACUCCUUCAGUACGGCAUCAACACAGAGGACAAGCGACUUCAGGACAUUAGGGUGAAGGGGGAAGAAAUAUUUAAUAUGGACGAGGGAAUACGGACACGAUCGAAAUCGGCCAAAAAUCCUGAACGGUGGACAAACAUUCCUUUGUUAGUAAAAAUCUUAAAAUUAAUAAUAAAUGAACUCUCUAAUGCAAUGGAAGCAAAUGCAUCUAGACAGACAACUGCAGACUGGAGUCAAGAUGAUUCAAAUGAUAUGUGGGAGGAUCAGGAAGAGGAUGAGGAUGAAGAUGAAAACAUAGCAGGACAGUUCUUAUCAGAUAUUCUUUCCACAAACAAGUAUGAUGAGGAUUACUAUGAAGAUGAUGAAGAGGAUGAUCCAGAUGCGUUAAAGGACCCUCUUUACCAAAUAGAUCUCCAGGCCUAUCUCACUGACUUCCUGUGUCAGUUUGCACAGCAGCCAUGCUAUGCAAUGUUCUCAGACCAUCUCAAUGAGAAUGAGAAGCGAGUGUUACAGGCCAUUGGUAUAUAAACCCCAUCAAGAGACCAUACAGAUCAUAUCCGAACAAUAUUUUUCUGGCUUAUUCCACGUUUUAUGAUUAAACAUGAAACAUUUUUUUUCCAGUGUCCACCUGCUUGUUACAGGUGGAUGAUGGGCCUCCUUGUGAAGUAUUGAGCCUCAUCUUAUCAUGAAUCUGCUAAGGGAAGGAAUACUAAGGAAGCAGCAAAGAUGGAAGUCUGUAGAGCUUUGCACAUUGGCUUCACCAUGGGAGCACUUUCAUUUUACACAGUCAUGUUCCAGGAGUUCUUAAACAAAAUGUGCUCUUAAAUAUUUUUAAGAGCAAAUGGUCUCUGCCUGUGAAGAGCCACUUACCUGAGUUUCACACAGCACAGAUGGACAGAGAAAGGAAUCAGGUCACUAUCAAAUUGCUUGGAUGUAUCUGGAGAAAUUGGAAGGUUGUUCCUCUUUGCGCUCACAUAACACGUACAGGGUAAAUAUCUGGAUCUUACAGUUUGACUUCUUUUUAUAGAACUAUAGACUCUCUUGUCAGAGAUGCCUGAAUGACAUGGAACCUGUUUACAGGGGUAUGGAUGGGAAGCUGAGACAAUAAAAAUAAAUGCAUAUCUUCUUUCCUAUUGUGGAUGGAGCUUUGUUGCUCACAUCUACUCUCCAGGCCCAUCGGAGCAGUUGGUUACUAAUGCUUUUGUGUGCACAUGCUAAAAGGAAGCUACCACUUAACUCUGGUCCCUGUGGCAUGUGGCUACUAAAGACUUCGGUUUUAUGGAACACAAGGAGCCACAGGUUUUUUAGGGGGAAAAAUGAUUAUAUUUAAUGUGUUUGCUCCAUAACAGCCACUCUGAUCUACUUCGCUUCCUUCACACUCCCAUGUGUAUUUUUAUAGAGUGGUAAAAUAACACUUACAAAUUGAUUUACCCAUAAGAACAGUGUGAUGUAUCUCACGACACCUCUCUGCCUUUGGUUCCCCCUUGGGGAAAAUUAAAAUAAAACUAUUAAAAUA